UCCUACCCCAAUCGAACGCCAAGAGCGCUUGUGUUUGACUUUGUCUGGCAAAGGAUGGAACGUGAAACAACACAUCUGAUUAACUAAAGCAAAUGAGAUGGUCAAUAGCAGAAACACCAUAACCUCCGCAGCUGGAAGGUUGCUCCUGGUUCCGAUGUCCUCCUCUCAAUCCAAGAACAAGCGCAAAAGCAGAACUCUUUCUGUUCUGAAAUGUAUCAAGAUUGCUGCCAAGAAAGUAAAAGUUGUUCUUGCUGCUUUUCUUAUUGGCCAUGAAAAGCCAACUUCUAGGAGCAUUGCAAGCGUUACAAAACCUAGAAAUAACAAUCAAGGCGGAGGGAUUUCAAUUCUGUCUUAUGCUUCAACAAGCAACACUAGGAGUUCAUCACAACUCAAAUCCUUUGGUUCGUACGGCUCCUCCGGUACUACAAGUGGACUGAUUGAAACAGACAGUUUCUCCUAUGAAGAAAUUCUCAAGGCAACUGAUAAUUUCUCUGUCUCAAAUAAGAUUGGAGAAGGUGGGUUUGGAUUAGUCUAUAAGGGGAGGCUUAGAAAUGGAAUCAUUGUUGCUAUUAAGCGUGCUAAAAAGGACAAGUAUGAUAGGCAUUCGUCGCAGGAGUUCCAGAACGAAAUACUUACUCUGUCGAAGAUUGAGCAUCUAAAUCUGGUUAGAUUAUAUGGAUAUAUGGAGCAUGGAGAUGAACGGGCGAUUGUGAUUGAAUAUGUUGGCAAUGGAACUCUUCGAGAGCAUCUGGAUGGCACUCAGGGAAGUGGACUUGAGAUUGCAGAGCGCCUGGACAUUGCCAUUGAUGUUGGUCAUGCAAUUACCUAUCUUCACACGUAUUCUGAUAAUCCAAUGAUCCACAGAGACAUAAAAGCAUCAAAUGUUCUCAUCACGGAGAAACUUCGAGCCAAAGUGGCGGACUUUGGGUUUGCUCGUUUGAGUGGAGAAGAUCCUGGUGCAACUCAUAUCUCAACUCAAGUAAAAGGAACAGCAGGCUACUUGGACCCUGAAUACCUUAGAACGUAUCAACUAACUGAAAAGAGUGAUGUGUACUCCUUUGGCGUAUUGCUUGUUGAACUGAUGACAGGGAGACACCCAAUUGAGCAUAAGAAACCACAAAGGGAGAGAGUAACCAUAAAAUGGGCAAUUCAAAGAUUAAAAGAAGGAGAUGCAAUAAUUGCAAUGGAUCCUAGGCUGCGGAGGAAUCCAGCAUCAACAAUGGCAAUGGAGAAGGUCCUCAAAUUGGCUCAGCAAUGCCUUGCAACAUCCAGACAAUCAAGACCUUCUAUGCAAAAAUGUGCAGAGGUACUCUGGAAAAUCCGAAGAGACUUGAGAGAAAGACCAGUCCCUUCUCACCAUUCUGCAGACUUUCCAGUUUUAGAUGCCAAGAAAAACAGGUAUACAUUAUUUGGAAUCGAAGAUGGAGAUGGUCUUGAAUUUAUUUCUGCAUAAUUGAGCCACUCGUGAUUGGAACUUUGGGUAUCAGGUGGUUGUUGUUCCACUUAUUUUAUGAGUACACACAUUCUAUUAUGUUCCCAUAUAUUGCACCACUCAUGAAACCAUGAAAGUCGCCUAUUUGCCUGGAAAA